UUACGUGUAUUACUUCUCAUCUCUCUGCGGCGCGUGUAUUCAAUGUGACUGCUGGGACCCCAACCCAAUGUGAUCAUCUCGCCGUUUCAUGGACUGGAGGGCAAGCACCAUUCGGGAUGUGGUUGACUCCCAUUUCUGAAUCGGUCCUGACUGUAUCUGUACCAGCAUCAGCUUCAGCAAUGGUAAAGGCUCGUAUUCAAUACCACGAUUACCAUUUGCGAUUGGAACGGAGUUCUUGCUCACCAUGUCUGACAACACCGGAUUUCAUUCGGGCGGGACGACUACCGUCUUAACUGUUGGGGCUCCUGUUGCCAAUAACCACUGUAACGCUACAGUUCCAUCACCUUCUUACUAGUUUAAUUUGUCGCCACAACUCCAGCAAUGCAGGUAACAUCACCAUUACCGUGGCAGAUAGAUCCUGCCAUCUACUUUGCCUCGCCCAUCCAGUCUGGCUCCCAUUCAGCACCUAUUAAUGCGUCUUCCAGCAACUUUGCAGUCAAUAACGCUCCCACACCCUUCAAUCUAACAGAGCAUUCGCGCAAGAGCUUUAACGCAGACUUUGCUGUCUACGGAGAUGCUCGAAACUCAGAUAUGUCAUCCGUUGACAAGCGAAUGGCUGCAGUGGCUCAAACACCGUCACCAUUAUCAUUGCGAACAGACUCUGUUUGCUACAUUUCUCCACUCAUCCAAUCUGGAUCCAAAUCUACCCCUACCAAUGCGUCCGCUGGCAACUUCGCAAUUAACGACCGUCCUACACCCGUCAAUCAGACGCAGAAUUCCCGCCAGAACCCUAACAUGGACAGCUUCGCCAUGCACGGAGAUACUGGAACAUCAGGUGGCGGACGAACAGCUGCAAUCGCUGGUCAAGCAAUGUGCUGGUUGUGUAAACGAAGAAAGUCUCGUUCUCCGGUCGUCAUGCCUUCAAAAAGUCGACUACGACGUACGGAUAUCGAACACGAAGUCAACGGUCACGUUCCACCACAUACCUCAUUCCCAUACGAGACAACCCCUCUCAGUUACCAUGCCCCAUCCAUCCAACCCAUGAGUCCAACAAAGUCAGAUCUAACCAAUUCAUCGGUCGGCAACUUCGCAGUUGGCGCCCCUCCCACGCCAUUGAAUCAGACACAGUAUUCGCGUCAGAAUUCUCAUACAGACUUUGCGGUUUACGGAGACUCUCGAAGUCCAGCGCUGUCAUCCCCUUACAACCAAAUACCUGCAGUGGCUCCAACAACAUCGCCAAAUUCCCCAUUACCAUACCCUGUCAGCUACCUUCUACCCAUUCAACCUGGAAGCCAAUCACCCCCUACUAAUGCGUCCACCGGCAACAUUGCAAUUCACGACCUUCCCACACCCUUCAAUCGCCAGACCUCACACACAGAUUUUGCUUUGUAUGGAGAUGCUCGAACUUCAACUAUAUCAUCCGUUGACAAACGAAUGCCUUCUGUCAUCUACCUUGCCCCACCCAUUCAACCUGGAUCCCAACUAACCCCUAUCAAUGCGUCUGUUAGCAACGUUCCCACACCCUUCAAUCUAACGGAGCAUUCGCGCAAGAGCUCUAACGGAGACUUUGCUGUCUCCGGAGACGCUCAAAAUUCAGUUAUGUCAUCCCUUGACAGAAGAAUGACUGCAGUGGCUCAAACGACAUCACCAUUACCAUGGCGGACAGACUCUGAGCGCUACAUUUCUCCACCGAUCCAAUCUGGAUCCGAAUCAACCCCUACCGAUGCGUCCGCUGGCAACUUCGUGGUCAGGAAUUCUCCUACAUCCUUCAAUCAGACACAGAAUUCCUGCCAGAACCCUAACGCAGACAGCUUCGUCAUGCACGGAGACACUGGAACAUCGGAUGGCAGACAAACAGCUGCAAUCGCUGGUCAAGCACCAUACCGACCUCCUACUCGAGUCAUUGUGCAUAUCGAUGCUGAGGAUGUUGUGCCAGACGAUGAUGGCGUGAUUCAUCUUCCGCCACAGUAUUCAGAGCAUCGGCGAGUCCUUGCCUUGCAAUCUGAGUCUGUGCCACGUCCUACGUCCUCACACCCUUGAGUCUUCGGCCAUGAGUGAUCUUGGAUAUGCCGAUGGCGCGUUCGUUUUUGGGCAGUCUUGUCUUCAAGCUUUGAGAACGGAGUACAAGGGCAUC